UCGAGAAGGAAAAGGAAUUGGAAAAAGAAGAAAUCUUUCCUAAAUCUCGUCUCCUUCUUCUUCCCCACUCCAAACUCUUUCCUUCCUCUCCAAUUAUUCAAUUCCCCAAAUUCACUGCUUGGUAUCCUAUAUAUAUCCAUACUUCUUGCCGAAGAGGAUACUAAUUUAUUGCACCAACGCAACACGCACCAACUGUUUGUGAAAAUACCCAAACCGCUUCCCUGCACAGUUCAGCAAAGAUGAUGAUCAGAAUCCGGAGCCGCGACGGUCUUGAGCGGGUCUCAAUCGACAACCCUCGCGCCACCGUCGCGGCGCUCAAGUCCGGGAUCGAAUCCCAGCUCCGGGUUCCCGUGCAAGCCCAGAUUCUCUCCACCAAUCAAAAUUUGCUUCUUGCGAAAUCCCAAACCGAUCUGACCCGGUUCACCGACAUGAUCGACCCGAACACCGCGCUGGCCGCUCUCAACAUCGGCCACGGCUCCAUCGUGUAUCUCGCCUACGAGGGCGAGCGGACGGUGGCGGGGCCGGCCUUCCACCCUUCGGGGUCGUUCGGGAAGAAGAUGACGAUGGACGAUUUAAUUGCCAAGCAGAUGAGGAUCACGCACCAGGAGAACCCCCAUUGCGAGCUCGUCUCGUUCGAUCGCGAUGCCGCGAAUGCUUUCCAGCAAUACGUGAACGAAAGCUUGGCUUUUGCGGUGAAGCGCGGUGGUUUUAUGUACGGGACGGUGUCGGAGGAGGGGAAGGUGGAGGUGGAUUUCAUCUAUGAGCCGCCGCAGCAGGGGACGGAGGAGAAUUUGAUCCUUUUGAGGGACCCUGAUGAGGAGAACCUGGUUGAGGCGAUAGCUUUGGGGCUGGGGAUGAGGAAGGUGGGGUUUAUAUUCACCCAGACGGUUAGCCAAGAUAAGAAGGACUACACGAUGUCGAAUUCGGAGGUUUUGCAGGCGGUGGAGCUGCAGGCGGAGGGGGAUUUGAAGGAGUGGGUGACUGCCGUGGUGAAGCUGGAGGUGAGUGAGGAUGGGUCAGCAGCUGUGCAUUUUGAGGCUUUUCAGAUGAGUGAUAUGUGCGUGAGGUUGUUUAAAGAGGGUUGGUUUGAGCGGGAUCUCAAAGAGGAGAUUGAUCCCAAGUUGUCGAGGAUGACGAAGGACGUUGUGGUUGGAGGGAAGGACACCAAGGAUGUUGACAAUGACUUCUUCAUGGUGGUUGUCAAGAUUGCUGAUCACCAGGGCCCACUUUCUUCAACAUUUCCUAUCGAGAACAGGAUCAUCACAGUGACAAUGAGGGCGUUGAAGAACCAUCUGGAUCGGGCAAAGAAUCUCCCCUUUGUGAAACGGAUUUCAGACUUUCAUCUGCUGCUGUUGCUCGCGAGGUUUCUAGACGUGAACUCUGAUGUCCCAGCAUUAGCUGGGUGUGUGCAGACACAGUCCAUAGUGCCAGAAGGUUACCAGAUAUUGAUUGAGUCGCUGGCCGCUGCCUCUUAGAUGGCUCUGAAAUCUGAAUCGAGCUGUGCAUCGUCUAGUUCAACUCUUAUGUUUAUACUACUUUCUUUCCUUUGGUGGUCUGGUUGUUAUUUAUGAAUAUAGUUCAUCAUUGAUAUUUCUCUUUUACUUUA